ACAACUGAUGGUUCUACAACAACUGCUGGCUCUACAACAACUGGUGGUUCCACAACUGGUGGUUCUACAACAACUGGCGGUUCAACAACAACUGGUGGCUCUACAACAACUGGCGGUUCAACAACAACUGGCGGCUCUACAACAACUGGCGGUUCAACAAUUGGCGGUUCUACAACAACUGGCGGUUCUACAACAACUGGCGGUUCAACAACAACUGGCGGCUCUACAACAACUGGCGGUUCUACAACAACUGGCAGUUCAACAACAACUGGUGUUUCAAUAACAACUGUUGUUUCAACAACAACCGGUGGUUCUACAACAACUGGUGGUCCUGCAACAACAACAACAACAGGUGAAUCCACAACACUGGAAGGUCCAACAACAACUGGUGGUUCAACAACAGCUGUAGGAUCUACCACCAAUGUGUUAACAACAACAACUUCAUUAACAACUGGAGGGCCAACAUCUGGUGCAUCAACUUCAACAGGUGGAUUAACAACAGCUGGUGGAAUGACAGUAACAACAUUACCACCAACUACUGCAGCUCCUACUACAGUUCCACCACCAGUUGUGGUUCUCCAAUCAGUCUUGGAAGUGACAUUCCAAGAUGAACUUACUGAUUCAAGCAGCUCACAAUUUAGGGAUCUUGAGGCACAAGUUGUAGCAGUGUAUGAUGUCAUCUACAGGACCCAAUUUGGCGCGCUUUUCAUCCGCAGUUUUGUCAUAGCAUUUAGGCCAGCUGCAGCCAGAGAAAGAGCUGUUAAUACUGAGGCAGAGGUGGGGGUCCAGUUCAGUGAAACAGCUUCAUCUGAAGAAAUUCCAACAAGUGAAACUGUUGCAAACACUUUAGUAGAAGCUGUCACUAACCCCAGUAAUAACUUCAGCCUCACCAUUGAUCCCACCUCGGUCCAAGUAGUUGGUAAGUAAACACUACCCCUACAUUAGACUCCAGUGGUUGUUAGAGCAAGGCGAUAUACCCAUUGUCAUUUAUCAUUAAUCUGUCUGUGAGUGGGUGUGUGUUUACUUCUAUUUUUAGUUAACCACACUAAACUGCUUAGUAUGACCUGUUUAGGGAGGAUCUCUAAGAUACUCCAGAAUUUCAUCUGAAAAUUACUACCCUAAUUUACUACAAUUAAGAACUGGGUUUACAUGAUCCAUUUUUGCUGCCAAUACUAUUACUGACCUUACUGUCAAAGUUAUU